AAUAUAGCAGACCCUGGAUUAGUGCAAUCAAGAAGAUUGUUAUGGUGGCAGAUUUUUUACUUGGAUGCAAUCACAUCAUUGAACCAAAUGUGUACACCAUUGAUAAAAUUGGAUGAAUUUGAUACAUCAUUACCUGUUGAAUUUGUUAAUAAUAUUUUACAUUGUGAAACAUGUUUUUUGAAUGGGAAAUUUAGAUUUUCAUUGAUUUUAAAUGAAUUGACAAAGUUUAUUUAUGGGAUUUCAAUUUUACCAUUCAAUACUAUUCAAUUGUUGAAACAAAAAAUAUUGGAUUUACAUAUUAGUUGUAAUGCAUCAAUCAUGAAUUUAUCAAGUGCUCAACAGAUUAGAAAUUUAACAUUUGAUGAAUCUAAAUUUAUCAAUUGGUCCAAAUCAGUUUUGAAUACUUAUUGUGAUCGUGCUUUAUUAUUAUUACAAAACAAGAUCAUUUUAUCAAAUGUGCUGAAUACAAAUGAAGAUGAUAAUAAUCAUAUUUUCAAUAGUUCAUAUAAUCAAAUGAUGAACAAUUCCAAAUUAAAGUUUAAUAUUGAGGCAUUAUUCAGAUCAUCAACAACUUCAAGUGUUGAUGGGAAUGCAAAUAUUUUGAACAAUUAUUCAUAUGAUGAUUUAUCAAAUAAUUUGAUUCCUGCUUCAUUACAUUAUCUUUAUGAAUUUUGGAAAAAUAAUAAUGAUGAUAUUUAUAAUUCAUUCAAUUGGGAAAUCAGAAACACAGUCCCAUUUGAUUCCAUAAUUUUAAUUUUAACUAAUUUGAUUUCAGAUUUGGAAAAAAACUAUGAUAGUUCAUAUGAAUUGAAGAAUGAUAUCAGAUAUUAUUUAUUGGAUAAGUCAAUAGAUUUAAUUUUCAUCAAAUUUGAUAACAAGAAAAGAUCAAUUUUCAAAAAUUGUUUUACAUUAAUGAGAUAUUUGUUUCAAAUUUUAAGAUUAAGAUAUCUGAAAAAUAAUAAUGGUGCUGGUUCAAGUUAUUUAGAGUUCAACAAUCUCAAUACUGAACAAAUCAUACCAAAACCUAUAAAGAGACAUAUGAAUGAUUUUAAAAAGAAUGGUAUUGAUAGUCAUAAUUAUCUUCAACAACAACAACAGUUUGAAAAUAGCUCAUUAGGUUCCAAGGCUAGUAUUGAUUUCAUUUCUCCAGCUGCUAAAUGGGAUAUGCAAACUACAUCAUGUUCACAAAUUGCACCAAGAACAAUGAGAGCAAUUGCUGCAUCAUCUACAAAUCCAAUUUCAUUCAAUCAAACUGCAACUAGUGGAACUAGUGGAUUUGGUGAUGAUUUAAAUGAUCAAUUCAAUUUUGGACCAGAAGAUGAUUUUACAGCUGAAGAUGUUUGGAACCCUACAUCUAUUGUUGGUGGCUCAAAUAUGUCUAAUUCAACUAGCUUGAAUAAUAGUAAUAAUAACAGUACAAAUGGUAUGUUUAAUGAUGAUGAGUAUAAGAGAUUGGAGUUGCAAAGAAUUAAGUUACAAAUUACAAAAUUUUUACAAGAGGAGAGAUUGAGUGAUGAUGAUAAGUUUAAUAACAAGUAUUAUAUUUGGUGUGAGAAUGAAGUUAAACAAUUGAUUGAGAGGUUGAUUUGAAAGGGAUAGAACGAUUUGAUAGAUAUUAUGGAGUAUAGAUUAGAGGACUACGUUGUUUGUUUACUGGAUAUUAUUUUAUUUAAUGGGAUGAUUCAUGGAGUACUUUGAGAUA